AUGCCCCUAUCUACCCGCCAGCUGUCUCGCACCCGUAGUCUUCGUUUACCGUCCACAUACGGUAAGUGUGCUAACUUAUGAAAUAUCAAUUGAGAUUCUGAAAUGCGUUUUCGUUUCGAAAAGAUUGCAUAAGUAGGGUUUUAAAAUUAACCAUCACGCAGCAUUAUUAUAUAAUAAUUUAGCUACCGCAAGAUGCCGGCUUUUAAGCGAACUUUUUCUGGGCUGCAUGCAGAAACCACACUCUGCAAAAAAUGACUGCUUAAGUAGCAUGCACUUUUCUCACUGAUUUUCGAUGCCCUCAAAAAUUCAAUUAUAUUUCAUGGAAAACAUGCAUAAAAGUCUGCAUUAUUUUACUUUUUCAAUAGAAAAUAACGUCUACUUUCAAUCUUACACUCAAAGUAAGGGUAUAAUUCGGUUUUAAAAGGUUUCUAGUUAUGAGAACUUUUAAUACCGUGAAAUGUCCGUUCAUAAAACAUCGUAUCUCUGCAUCUACUAGUGUUGCUUGUAAAGUUCACAAUAUGGCUCAAAUCCACGGCCAAAUUUUAUGAGCUCCAUAACUUCUACUUUUAGUAUCGUAGAUAAAUUUAUGAUUUUCCGUACGCGAAACUACACGGCUCGUAGUUUGGAAACCCCGAAUGCAGGUAUAAUGGCAAGUCUGGUUUAAAAUUAUUCGGGAAUUGGAAAUGAUUUUGCAAACGGAACUGUACCCUUUCUUCAAGUAUAAAACUGGAAGUAGACGUUAUUUUCUACCGAAAGGGUAAAAUAAUGAAUAUUUUUAUUUAUGUUUUCCAUGAAAUAUAAUUGGAUUUUUAAGGGCAUCGAAAAUCAGUGAGAAAAGUGCAUGCUACUUAAGCAGUCAUUUUUUGCAGAGUGUGGUUUCUGCAUGCGGCCAGGAAGAGGUUCUUCCAAAAGCCGGCAUCUCACGGUAGCUGAAUUAUUAUAUAAUUAUGCAGCAUAAUGGUUAGUUUUAGAACCCUACUUAAGUAGUCUUUUCGGAACGAAAACGCAUUUCAGAAAGUCAGUUAACAUUUCAUGAGUCAGCACAUCUACUGCAUGUUUGCACUUGCACGUGCGUACCUGUGCCCCAAAGUUGUCAGCUUCAUACACCUUUAACUGGAGUUCCCAGUGAUGUAUUAGGACGUCCAUGCAACCACAGGUGUCGACUGCCAGACAAUUUAUUGCACAUGGCCACAUGAACCUGGAUCCCACAGACACGCCCAGGUAGGCCUUGUCUUUGUUAAGACUGACGAAGGCAGCACUCACCGCUACCUGUGGCUCCCUGCUACUGCAGUCAUUUUUCUUCUACUGUUGAAGAUCCCAGUUGUAGCGAUUAAAAUACAUGCGGCCAAUGCUGAUUGUAGGAAGGAAGUGGGUAUUUCCACGUUUCCUUUCAGGUUCGGCUCAAGAGCCAACGCCGGUGGUCGCACAACGGCUUGCAACCAAUAACUGGAAAGUACUGCCGCCAAGGAUCAAAGGCAGUGGAGUGACUGCUUCUGGUUUACUUGCCGUCAUCUUGUGCCUCUCUUCGCCGUUGGUAAUAAUUUGGAACUUCCAAUUGCUAGCCACUGUGCGAGCACCCGUGUUGGCCCGAGUCAUGAACAUCCAAGGCACAAUGGAAGUGCUCAUUCCCGCCCCUCAAUAA